AAAGAAGUGUCUUCUAAGUCAGAGAAAAGGCUGAAAACAGAGGCCAGAGCUUCAAGGGCGACAGAAGAAUCCCCAGGACAAGGCAGUGAAGAGGAGGGCAUGUUCCAGAUUGGAAAGAUGCGUUAUGUCAAAGUGUCCUGCUUCAAGGGGAAGGCCCUUGUGGACAUCAGGGAGUUCUACGUGGACAAGGAGGGCAGCAUGAAACCAGGGAGGAAAGGGAUAGCCCUGUCUGCAGAGCAGUGGAACCAGCUGAAGGAGAUCGUUCCUGAGAUUGAUGCUGCAGUCAAGAAAUUAUAA